CCAGAGGACCGUCCCAUAAAGUCCACCACAAGACCCUUCCGCUUCUCAUUCUCCCCACCAGCUCUGAAUUGAAGUCUAUAAAAAUGGAGACGAUCACAACCACAUCGAUCGCCCUCCACACCAACGUUUUUGUCUGCCAAAGGUUUGCAGACGGCAGCGAUGCCGUCCUCCAGCAGCCGCCGCCAGAAGCCUCCCACGCUGGCACCCGCGCCCGGUGAGGCGAGGGACUGGGCGGCGCUGCCUCAGGACAUCCUGCUCGCCGUCUUCCUCAAGCUCGGGCCCCUCGAGAUCAUGCAGGGUGCCGAGCUCGUGUGCACGGCAUGGCGGCGCGUCGCCGUCGACGAGCCCAUCCUGUGGCGGCGCGUCGACAUGGGCACGGUCACGACAUGGUCCGCCGCCGGGCGCGCGAUGGCGCGUGCUGCCGUCGACCGCGGCGAGGGGCAGUGCGAAGCGUUCUCCGGACCCUGCGACAGUGACUUGCUGCUCUGUCUGAUCGAAAGAGCACCCUGUUUGAAAAGCCUCCAUCUCUCGAGGUUCGAUGGACCCAAUGAAGCUCUUGAAGUGGCGCUAAAGAAGAUUCCUCUCCUCGAGGAGCUUGAAGUAUCACCAUUAUAUUUCAGCAGUGGCACUGAGAAUUUGCUUGAAUCUGUGUGCCAAGCUUGUCCCCUUCUGACGAAACUCAAAAUGACGUUCAGCACUGUCCCCGUAGACGAUGGAUACUAUGACGAGGACCUGAUCAGGGAAAAGAUUAAAGGUAUAGCUACAACAAUGUGUGAGCUACGCACCUUAGAAUUGUUGGACUGUGACCUCACUGCUGAAGGAUUGAUAGCCAUACUUGAUUGCUGCCCCGCACUGGAAUCUCUCAACAUUACAGGUUGUUUCGAUGGUGAGAUGGAUACCGAGCUGAGGGCAAAAUGUGCAAGAGUGAAGAACCUGACUAUUCCAGAUGGUAGCUCAGAUAGCUCAGCUGAAGACUACUACGCUUUUGAUGAUUGUGAAUGGAGCUUAGGUGAUGAGUUCGAUCAAAUCGAUUACGGUCAUCAUGAGCUUCCGUUCUAUGAAAGCUGGGAGAUACCCUACCAUCAGUAUUAUCAUCAUUUUUGUGAUGAGUGCCCUGAAGACGAUUAAGGAUUUCCUUGAUGGCCGACUAUGAAUAAUCAGUCUAAACACGUUGAUAAGUGAUCUUGUGGCAAUGAUGGCAUCUGCGACUGUGAUAUACUGUUAUAUGGAAAUAAAAUAUUUUGCCUUCUUCUCGUGUUGGUGAUACCUGUUACUGAAUUGGCUUUGUGCCAUUUCUUUUGUGUGAACAUUUUUGAAAAUUUGUUAUGUGCGAACGUGAAUGCUUUGAGUAGAUGAUAAGUGUGAUCAUGGAAAAAUGUACUGAAUCUUUUGCAA